CACAAAGAUUGUAGAUGUAGAAUAACUGUUUCGAACUAUAAUAAAUUUAGCUACUACAUGCAAUAAAUGUGAAGUUAUUCUUUUAAUUUUACGGGAAAAUGGAUAAGAGAAAACCUUCAAUGUCAAAUGACGAUGAUCCAGAAACAAGCUCUGAUUUUUUAGACGUACCUAUUGGUUUAACUGCCUCCGAAAUGCAUAAAAUGAAUCAAAUGGGUAAAGCGUUGAUCAAAUCAGCCGUGAAUGAGCUCAGAAAUGAGUUUCAAAAAUUUAUCACGGAGGCUGUCGAAAUGACUUUAUCCGGAGAUAACAUUCCAGAUGUUCAAGAACAACUUGAUAAAAGAGUAGAAGAAUUUGAUAAACUUAAUAAACAGUUAGAAAAAUUACAAAAUGAUGCUCGAAAACAAAAAGGUGGUACUGCUGAGUUACAAAGGCAUAUAAAAGAGAAAGAGAAAGAAAUUGCAGCAAAAGAACUACAGCUAAAGCAAUUAAGGAAGCGUUUGCAGAAACUCCAGAAGCAAAACGACGAAGAACAACAAUUACAUGACGAAAUAGUGAGGAAACUGCAAGCAGAAAAUGAGGACCUUAAACAUAAAUAUAAUAAUGUAAAAGGAAAACUUCAAGUCAAAGAGUCUUCCGAAAAUAUAGCACGUAACAUGCUACCAGAUUUAAGACAACAGAUCAAAGAGUUAGAAGCCCAACUUGAAAACGAACGCAAGAAAAAGAAGUAAAUCACACAGAUGAAACUAUAUGCAUGUAAAACUGACAAAGAGAAAUAACAAUAUGUGUUACUUUCAUAAAUAGUUUCACAUUUUACAUCAUUAUAUACAUAUUCCUAUAAAGAAGAGUUAAGAGUGUUUAUAGCCAUUUUCUAUGAAAUUAUGCAAUUUCGUGUUGGUUAGUCUUAUUGGUUGGGAAACCUGAGGGCUAAUAAUAAUGAGUAACAUUUAGUUUGUAACAGAUUAAAGUGAAACGCACGGAUUUCUGUACAUAAGAAUCGUUUUUCUUUCUUGAUCACUGGCCAGAGGUUUUCGACAGUCAAUGAUAUAUCUUAAUAUACUGGACACUGUAUUACCAAACGGAAACUGAAACUGAAUAGCUCGAACUGUCAAAAUAUAUUUUACGACCUUAUUUUUUUUUGUUUAUAUAAUAAACCAUGAUCCUUUCAACAAAGUCUAGUAUAUUUUGGCUGGUUAUCCCCUGAACUAUCAGUACACAAACAUUUGUAUUGACUUAGUGGUGAAAAUCAGUUAACAUUAACCGAACUUGCAGCUUUCGAAUUCGUUGUGCAUGUCCGAGUUUACCUUUAUUACGAACUCAGUGUGACAAACUAUCGAAGAAAGCGAAACAAUGUAAACCAUCAUAAAUGUAACGGGGUCAAUUUGAAAGUCAAAAUUAAAAAUUGUAAAUACAUUCUUUUAUACUUGAUUUAGGGCUACAAUUUUAGUUUUUGUAAAAGAAAAAUCAACUGUAAACUUA